AAACCACUUGCUUCAAUUUAUCGCAGUAGACUUUCGCCAUUGAUGAGGAGUACCUGACGUGUUAUUUUUUUAUUACUAUAAACCCGUUAUACCGGUCAAAGUUCAAUGCUUACUGGCAAUUAUUGAUAUAUGAAGCUACAUAUAUUUCAUUUAUAAGCUGUGUAACUAAUAAAAUAUUUUCUGCGUAUCACAUCUCUCAACUGCUUCUUCAUAUUUUUUUGUAUUUCUCUAAUAACACUCCAACCUUAAAGGCUUUAAAAUGGUGCGCAAAGAAACUGUUUACGUAGUGGGUCUAGGAAUGACGAAAUUUGAAAAACCGGGGUCUCGUGAUGACUUUGAUUACCCUGAAAUGGUGAAAGAAUCUGUCACAAAAGCGUUAAAAGAUGCUCGAGUUUCUUAUGAUCAAAUAAAAGCUGCAGCCGUUGGCUAUGUUUAUGGAGACUCAACUUGUGGACAACGAGCAUUAUACGAAGUUGGAUUAAAUGGCUGUCCUAUUUUUAAUGUUAACAAUAAUUGUUCGACUGGAUCUUCUGCUUUAAUGAUUGCCAAGUACAUAAUUGAAUCUGGAAAAGCCGACUGUACUUUAGCUGUUGGUUUCGAAAAAAUGGAGAAAGGAUCGUUGACAUCUAAAUUUCUCGAUCGUACAAAUCCAAUGGAUAAACAUGUCGGUAUGAUGGCUGAUAUGUCUGGUCUUUCAGAUAGCCCAAUUACGGCUCAAAUGUUUGGUAAUGCGGCACUUGAACAUAUGCAAAAAUAUGGAACAAAACCUGAACACUUUGCUAAAAUUGCUUAUAAAAAUCAUCUACAUUCUGUUAAUAAUCCGCUUUCACAAUUUCAAAAUAAAUAUUCUUUAGAACAAAUAAUAAAUUCUCCUAAAGUCUUUGGUCCAUUGACAAAACUUCAAUGUUGUCCAACGUCUGAUGGAAGUGCUGCUGUAAUUUUAGCAAAUGAAGAUUUUGUUCGUCGUCAUAAUCUUCAAAAUCAAGCAGUAGAAAUUUUAGCUAUGGAAAUGUCUACUGAUUUACCAUCAACAUUUGCUGAAAGAAGUCACAUGAAGAUUGUUGGAUAUGAUAUGACAAAAAAUGCAGCGGAAAAAGUAUUUGCAGCAGUACCUUAUUCGCCACAAGAUGUUGAUGUAAUUGAACUCCACGAUUGUUUUUCAGCAAAUGAACUUAUAACCUAUGAAGCAUUGGGACUUUGUCCACCGGGACAAGCUGCAAAACUAAUUGAUUCAGGAAAUAAUACAUAUGGUGGAAAGUAUGUGAUUAAUCCAAGUGGUGGAUUGAUUUCUAAAGGACAUCCGCUUGGUGCUACUGGAAUUGCUCAAUGUGUAGAAUUAUCAUUGCAAUUACGUGGUCAAGCAGGUAAAAGACAAGUUCCAGGAGCAAAAUUAGCGCUCCAGCAUAACAUUGGUCUUGGUGGAGCUGUUGUUGUUGCUUUAUACAAAUUAGGAUUCUCUAAUGGUUUGAGAAUGAACUUAGUCAAUGCUAGUGCUUCUCGGGAAAUAUUUCAAGCAGAUAAGGUAUUCAAAAUUUUUGAAGUAGCAAUGAAAGAAGAUGAAGACAAUUUAAUUGAAAAAUUCCGUGGAGUUUAUGGUUUUAAAAUUAUCAAUGGGCCUGGUGGUGCUGAAGGUUAUUGGAUAAUUAAUGCUAAAACUGGAAAAGGAUCAGUGGAGUAUAAUGGAAAAGAAAAACCUGAUGUUGUCUUUACAAUAAGCGAUACAGAUAUUGUUGAUUUUAUUUCUGGAAAAUUAAAUCCACAACAAGCAUUUUUCCAAGGAAAAAUAAAGAUAAAAGGAAAUAUGGGACUAGCAAUGAAAUUGCCCGAUCUUCAAAAACGAGCUGCUAAGAAAAUUGAGCUUUUGAAAGCGAAACUUUAAAAAAAAAAUAGAAAAAUGUUAAAAAUAUAUUCUAUUUUAACAUUAAAAAAUGAUAAUAUUAUCCUUUGGGUAUUUGGAGAGCUUUAAUAAUAUGUAAAAAAAUAACCAGAGAACCAAUUUAUAUAACUUUUAAAUGUACAUUUUUUAUCUUUAAUAAAAGUGGGUUUAAAUCA